AUGGUUAAGCCAAGAUGGUUGCUUUCUCUUUUCUUGUUAACACUGCAAUUAGCAGAACCAGGGGUCAAUUCGGCGAAAUUCACUCUGGUGAACCAAUGCAACUACACAGUGUGGCCAGCUGCUGUCAGCAGUGGAAACGUCAAUCUUUCAACAACCGGUUUCGUUUUGAAAACCGGCGAGUCUUCCACCGUAGCCACACCGGCGACAUGGACCGGCCGCUUCUGGGGCCGCACUCUCUGCGCCAACGACUCCUCCACUGGGAACUUCUCCUGUGCCACCGGCGACUGCGGCUCCGGGAAGGUGGAGUGCGGCGGCAUGGGAGGCGCGCCGCCUGCGACGCUGGUGGAGAUCAGCACGGGCAGCGUGGGGGGCCGCGAUUUCUAUGACGUGAGCUUGGUGGACGGGUUUAACGUUCCUGUGAUGGUAGUUCCCGUUGGCGUUCCUGGCGGCAAUUGCGGCAGCGCGGGGUGCCCGGAGGAUCUGAACGCGGUGUGUCCGGCGGAGCUGAAGGUGACUGAAAAGGGGCGCGUGGUGGCGUGCCAGGGCGCGUGUGGUGUGUUCUUUAAAGAGUUUUUCUGUUGCACUGGAGAACAUUCGAGUCGGAACACGUGCGAGCCAAGCGUGUACUCGCAAAGUUUAACUGUUCAGCCGCAGAUUAUAACAUCGUCUUUUGUCCUUCCACCAACAAUGCCAGUCGAAGUGUUGGUGACUCACUCACUGCCGGCAAUGAGACAUCUCGGUGGCUUUCUCCGUCAGGGGAUUUUGCGUUUGGGUUCUACCGACUUCCAAGUGAGCUUUUUCAAUUGGCUAUAUGGUAUGACAAGAUACCAAAUAAGACCAUCAUAUGGUAUGCAAAUGGGGACAAACCUACUCCUAAAGGAUCAAGAUUAGAACUAAAUGACUCACAUGGGCUAGUGCUUAGCAACCCUCAAGGUUUAGAGCUAUGGAGAUCAAAUUUUACAUCAGGCACAGUUUAUUCUGCUGUAAUGAACGAUAAUGGAAAUUUUCAAUUGUUAGACCAAAAUUUUGCCUCAGUAUGGGAGAGUUUCGAUCAUCCAACUGACACAUUGGUGCCUACUCAAGUAAUGGAGUUAAAUGGCUAUCUUUCUUCUCGACAAGGAGAGUUCAACUUCUCAGGUGGAAGGUUCAAACUUCAUCUACAAGAGGAUGGCAAUGCAGUGCUCAACCUUAUAAAUUUGGCCACCAGGUAUAGUUACGAGCCUUACUAUGUUAUUGGCACUGCUGACGCUGAGAACCAAACAGAUGCUGGCAUGAAAUUGAUAUUUGACAAAUCUGGUUUAUUAUACGUAGAGAAAAAAAGUGGGGAGAAAUUUAAUAUCACCGAGCCAAAUGAGAGGGUCUCUACUGAUGACUUCUAUUAUAGAGCAACUAUCAAUUACGAUGGAGUUUUUACCAUAUCAUAUCACCCCAAAGAUCCAAAAGAUGGACAAGGAUGGAUCACUGCAGACACUAUACCAGAAAAUAUUUGUUUGAAUUCAACGUUCACCAGUGGUGAAGGUGUUUGUGGGUUUAAUAGCAUAUGCACCCUCAAUGAUAACCAAAGGCCAAAAUGUAACUGCCCAGAGGGAUAUUCUCUUACAGAUUCAAAUAACAUGUAUGGUGGAUGUAUUCCAAAUUUCCAAGUUAUUUGUCAAGCAGGUGGGCAUCGGGGUUCACAUGAUGAUCUAUACAUAAUGAAGGAAUUGUCUAACAUUGAUUGGCCUAAAUCUGAUUAUGAAAGACUAAGUCCUUGUAGUCUACAAGAAUGCACAAAUUCUUGUUUGCGAGAUUGCUUAUGUGUGUUAGUUGCUUUCAAUGGAAGUACUUGUUUGAAGAAGAAGCUGCCACUUACAAAUGGGAGAAGAGAUCAGAGACAAAAUGGAACUUCUGUCAUGAAAUUGAUGAAAAAUGAUGAUUCUCUCACUUCUUUACCAAAUCCAAAUGAGAAGAAUGAUCAUGAGGCCUUGAUCAUUGUAAUAUCAGUUCUUUUGGGCAGCUCUGUGUUGGUCAUCUUAAUGUUGGUUGGUACAAUAUGUUUUGGAUUCUCUUGCAAUCGCAAGAAAAUCCGUAGUAGAACUGGUGGAAGUUUUGUUGACAAAAAUUUGCGCAAUUUUACCUUCAAGGAACUUGUAGAAGCAACAGGAAAUUUUAGAGAAGAAUUGGGAAGGGGAUCUUUUAGCAUUGUGUACAAAGGAACAACAGAGACGACUAGUGUGGCUAUUAAAAAAUUAGACAAGUUGUCUCAAGAUAAUGACAAUGAAUUUCAAACCGAAGUGAAUGUGAUAGGCCAAACUCAUCAUAGGAACCUAGUUCGUUUACUUGGAUAUUGCAAUGAAGGACAACAUCGGAUUCUGGUAUAUGAAUUUAUGAGUAAUGGAACUUUGGCAAACUUCCUUUUCACCCCUUUGAAACCAAACUGGAAUCAACGGUUCCACAUUGCCCUUGGGAUUGCAAGAGGUCUUGUUUACUUGCAUGAGGAAUGUUCCACCCAAAUCAUCCAUUGUGACAUAAAGCCACAAAAUAUACUUCUUGAUGAUCAAUAUAAUGCCAGAAUUUCGGAUUUUGGGUUAGCAAAGUUAUUAUUGAUUAAUCAGAGCCACACUGAAACUAGAAUUAGAGGCACCAAAGGGUAUGUUGCACCGGAUUGGUUUAGAAGUGCACCAAUCACUGCUAAAGUUGACACUUACAGUUUUGGUGUGAUGUUACUAGAGAUUAUUUGCUGUAGGAGGAAUGUAGAAAAGGAGUUUGUUGAUGAAGAUAAAGGGAUAUUAACUGAUUGGGUCUAUGAUUGCUAUAAGACUAAAAGACUAGACAUCCUUCUAGAAAAUGAUUUUGAAGCUAUCAAUGCAAUGAAAAGCUUCGAAAAACUUGUCAUGAUUGCUAUUUGGUGCAUUCAAGAAGAUCCUUCUCUUAGGCCGACAAUGAAGAGGGUUUUGUUGAUGCUAGAAGGAAUUAUUGAAGUUUCAAUGCCUCCAAAUCCCUACCUUCACAGUUCUGUUAGUUGAAAUUGAAAAUAGUUUCGGUUGCAAGUAUUUCUCAUUUUUAGUAGUACCUUUCAUUUUCUUUUUCAUAGUGUAUACGAACAUUUACUUGAUCUGUAAAAUAUUUUUAAUGUCACUUAGAAAUCGAAUACUAUUAUAACAUUGAGAGGCUGAUUACAUUAUAUUUAUACAAUAUAAUAUAAUAAAUUAUAUGAUAUUUGAC